CGCGCUGCCUUCCUCCCUUUCUCUCUCUCUCUCUCCCUCCCUCUCUCCUCUCCCCCCCUGCCCCCGCUCCCUUCCUUAUCAGCAAUUCAGAUUGCAUGCAAAUCUGCGGGCUUUCUUACAGGGGCAAGGCAGAGAGGACCGAGCGCUGCUCGCCGGCCGCGGCUUCACGGAGAGAUAUCUCCUCCUCCUCCUCCUGGGAUUUUCCUCCUUCUCCCCUCCCCUGCUCUCCCCUCCCCUCGCUGCCUCCCUCCCUCCUCUCUUUCUUUCCUCCUUUUCACCUCCUCGAACAAAAGUAGCCCUUCUCCCUGCGCCUGCGAGCGGGGCCGCUUUGUCUGCCCGCGCCGUCGGGGGACCGGGACCGGGCCGGCAGCGGGACCGGACCGGGGCCAUGGGGGCACAGCGGGCGGACGGUGCCCGGGCGCUGCUGGCGCUGCUGGGACUGGGAUUAGGACUGGGACUGGCGACCUGCCCCGAGCGGGAGCUGGAGCGGAGGGAGGAGGAGGCCAACGUGGUGCUGACGGGCACGGUGGAGGAGAUCAUGAACGUGGACCCGGUCCACCACACCUACUCCUGCAAGGUGAGAGUCUGGCGCUACCUGAAGGGCAAGGACAUCGUCACCCACGAGAUCCUGCUGGACGGGGGGAACAAGGUGGUCAUCGGCGGCUUCGGGGACCCGCUGAUCUGCGACAACCAGGUGUCCACGGGGGACACGCGCAUCUUCUUCGUCAACCCGGCCCCGCAGUACCUGUGGCCCGCCCACCGCAACGAGCUCAUGCUCAACUCCAGCCUCAUGAGGAUCACCCUGCGCAACCUGGAGGAGGUGGAGCACUGCGUGGAAGAACAUAGGAAGCUUCUUGCUGACAAGCCCAACAGUUACUUCACUCAGACGCCGCCGACGCCGCGGGAUGUGUGCCGGGGGAUGCUGUGUGGGUUCGGGGCCGUGUGUGAGAGGAGCUCCAGCGACCCCUCCCAGGCCUCCUGUGUCUGCAAGAAAACAGCCUGUCCUGUCGUGGUGGCCCCUGUCUGUGGCUCCGAUUACUCCACCUACAGCAACGAGUGUGAGCUGGAGAAGGCUCAGUGCAACCAGCAGAGGAGGAUCAAGGUCAUCAGCAAGGGGCCGUGUGGCUCCAAGGACCCCUGUGCAGAGGUGACCUGCAGCUUUGGCAGCACCUGUGUCCGCUCCACCGAUGGCCAGUCGGCCAAGUGUGUGUGUCCGUCCUCCUGCAGCGGCGUUCCCGAGAAUCCCGUGUGCGGCAGCGACGGCCGCGACUACCGCAGCGAGUGCGACCUCAACAAGCACGCCUGUGACAAGCAGGAGAACGUCUUCAAGAAGUUUGAUGGCCUCUGUGACCCCUGCAAAGGCGUCCUCAACGACAUGAACCGCGUGUGCCGGGUGAACCCCCGCACCCGGCGGGCGGAGCUGCUGCCGCGCCCCGAGGGCUGCCCGCCCAGGAGGGAGCCCGUGUGCGGGGACGACGGCGUCACCUACGACAACGAGUGCGUGAUGGGGCGCUCGGGGGCCAUCCGGGGCCUGGAGAUCCAGAAGGUGCGUUCAGGGCAGUGCCAGCAGCAGGACAAGUGCAGGGACGAGUGCAAGUUCAACGGGGUGUGCCUGAACCGCCGCGGCUCCGCGCGCUGCUCCUGCGACCGCAUCGCCUGCGACGGCGCCUUCCGGCCCGUCUGCGCCCGCGACAGCCGCACCUACGGCAACGACUGCGAGCGCCAGAAGGCAGAGUGCCACCAGAAGGCUGCCAUCCCCGUCAAGCACAGCGGACCCUGUGACCUGGGCACACCCAGCCCCUGCCUGAGCGUGGAGUGCACCUUUGGGGCCACGUGCGUGGUGAAGAACCAGGAGGCCGUGUGUGAGUGCCAGCAGGUGUGCCAGGGCCGCUACGACCCCGUGUGUGGCACCGACAACCGCACCUACGGCAACCCCUGCGAGCUGGACUCCAUGGCCUGCGUCCUCAAGAGGGACAUCAGGGUGAAGCACAAGGGGCCCUGUGACCGCUGCGGGAAGUGCCAGUUCGGGGCCAUCUGCGAGGCGGAGACGGGGCGCUGCGUGUGCCCCACCGAGUGCGUGCCCUCUGCCCAGCCCGUGUGCGGCUCCGACGGCCGCACCUACGGCAGCGAGUGCGAGCUGCACGUCCGAGCCUGCACCCAGCAGACCAACAUCCUGGUGGCCGCCCAGGGAGACUGCAAGUCGUGUGGCAGCACGGUGUGCUCCUUUGGCAGCCGCUGUGUGGGUGGGCAGUGCGUGUGCCCGCGCUGCGAGCGCCAGCCCCCCGCCCCGGUGUGCGGCACCGACGGGCUCACCUACGACAACCAGUGCGAGCUGCACGUGGCCUCCUGCCAGCAGAAGAAGAGCAUCGAGGUGGCCAGGACGGGGCCCUGUGAGGAUGAGUGUGGCUCGGGGGGCUCUGGCUCCGGGGAUGGCAGCGAGUGUGAGCAGGACCGGUGCCGGCAGUUCGGGGGCUGGUGGGACGAGGACGCCGAGGACGAUCGCUGCGUGUGCGACUUCACCUGCCUGGCCGUGCCCCGCAGCCCGGUGUGUGGCUCCGAUGGUGUCACCUACGCCAACGAGUGUGAGCUGAAGAAGACACGGUGUGAGAAGCGCCAGGAUCUCUAUGUCACUGGCCAAGGAGCCUGUCGUGCCCUUGCCACAACCCCACCACCCCUCCUGGUUGUGCACUGCAGCCAGACCAUCUACGGCUGCUGCCCGGACAACAUGACCCUGGCACUCGGAGUGGGAGCAGCAGGAUGUCCAAGCACGUGCCAGUGCAACCCCUACGGCUCCUACGGGGGGUCUUGUGACCCCGGCACGGGGCAGUGCUCCUGCAAGCCCGGCGUGGGGGGGCUCAAGUGCGACCGCUGCGAGCCGGGCUUCUGGAACUUCCGCGGCAUCGUCACCGACAGCAAGAGCGGCUGCACCCCCUGUAACUGCGACCCCGUGGGGUCAGUGCGGGAUGACUGCGAGCAGAUGACGGGGCUGUGCUCCUGCAAGACUGGCAUCACUGGCAUGAAGUGCAACCAGUGCCCCAACGGCAGCAAACUGGGCAUGACUGGCUGCGAGAAAGACCCCUCGGCCCCAAAAUCCUGCGAGGAGAUGAGCUGCGAGUUCGGGGCCUCGUGCGUGGAGGUCAACGGCUUUGCCCACUGCGAGUGCCCGUCCCCGCUGUGCUCAGAGGCCAACAUGACCAAGGUGUGUGGCUCUGACGGUGUCACCUACGGGGACCAGUGCCAGCUGAGGACCAUCGCCUGCAGGCAGGGCCAGGUCAUCACGGUGAAGCACGUGGGGCAGUGCCAUGAGUCCAUCACCCACACGAGCCACCCGUCGCCUCCCACGCCGCUGCCCACGCUGCCCUUGGACCGGCUCAUCCUCCCCCCGCCCCUGCCCCUCACCACCCAGGCUCCAGAGCCCACCGAGGUGGCCACCAGCUCCCCGCCGCUGGAAGCCAAGCCCACGGAACGGGGUCACCCCACGACGAGGCGCGUCACGACGGCCAGGCCGGCCACGACGCCCUGGGCCACCCACGGCGGGCACAAGACCACGGUGCGGCCUCUCUCCACCGCCCCGGUGGUCCUGGGCACCCCCCAGCCUGCCUACGGGGAGUCGGGCAGUGCUGAGGGCAGUGGGGACCAGGAGAUGGGCGCCAGCGGGGACCAGGAGUCCAGCGGGGCGGGCUCUGCCGGGGAAGAGGAGGUGGAGGAAGGCCAGGUGACGUCCACCCCGGCGGUGGAGAGGGCCACGUGUUACAACGCCCCGCUGGGAUGCUGCUCCGACGGCAAGACCGCGGCUGCCGACGCCGAGGGCAGCAACUGCCCAGCUACCAAAGUCUUCCAAGGAGUCCUCAUCCUGGAGGAGGUGGAAGGCCAGGAGCUGUUCUACACCCCGGAGAUGGCUGACCCCAAGUCAGAGCUCUUUGGGGAGACGGCCCGGAGCAUCGAGAGCGCGCUGGACGAGCUUUUCCGCAGUUCUGACGUCAAGAAGGAUUUCAAGAGCAUCCGUGUGCGGGACCUGGGGCAGAGCAGCGCCGUCCGUGUCUUCGUGGAGUCCCACUUUGACCCAGCCACGUCCUACACGGCAGCUGAUAUCCAAGCGGCCCUGCUGAAGCAGAUCAAAGCUUCCAAGAAGAAGACCAUCCUGGUGAAGAAGCCCCAGCAGGAGCAUGUCAAAUUCAUGGAUUUUGACUGGAUCCCCAGGCUCUUCACCACCACCAUCACCACCACCACGGCCACCACCAUGGCCCCGGCCACCACCCGCAGGGCCACCACGGCCGCCGCCGUCACCACGGCCCGCGGGCAGCGCCCCGGGUGGAGGCCCAGCCCUCCCACCCUCCUGCCGGCCGCCAGCACCCGCAGGAAGCCCACCCGGCAGCCCCCCGUCACCAGGAGACCCCCCCGGCCCUGCGACUCCCACCCCUGCCUGCACGGGGGCACCUGCGAGGACGACGGCGAGGAGUUCACCUGCAGCUGCCCCGCGGGCAAGGGAGGGGCCGUCUGUGAGAAAACUAUCAGGUACUUCAUCCCCAGCUUCGGGGGCAAGUCCUACCUGGCGUUCAAGAUGAUGAAGGCGUAUCACACGGUGCGCAUCGCCAUGGAGUUCCGCACCCUGGAGCUCGGGGGGCUGCUGCUCUACAACGGCCAGAACCGGGGCAAGGACUUCAUCUCCCUGGCCCUGGUGGGCGGCUUCGUGGAGCUCAGGUUCAACACGGGCUCUGGCACGGGCGUCAUCACCAGCAAGGUCCGUGUGGAGCCUGGCAAGUGGCACCAGCUGGUGGUGAACAGGAACCGGCGCAGUGGGAUGCUCUCCGUGGAUGGGGAGCCCCACGUGAGCGGGGAGAGCCCCCCGGGCACCGACGGGCUCAACCUGGACACCGACCUGUUCAUCGGGGGAGCGCCCGACGACCAGAUGGCCGUGGUGGCAGAUCACACCACGGCCACCACGGGGCUCAAGGGCUGCAUCCGCCUCCUGGACGUGAACAACCAGAUGUACGACCUGCGGGAGAAGGGCAGCGACGUCCUCUACGGCAGCGGGGUGGGCGAGUGUGGCAACGACCCCUGCCACCCCAACCCCUGCCACCACGGGGGCAUCUGCCACGUCAAGGAGGCAGAGAUGUUCCACUGCGAGUGCCGCCACACCUACACUGGGCCCACGUGCGCCGACGAGAGGAACCCCUGCGAGCCCUCGCCCUGCCACGUCUCUGCCACCUGCCUGGUGCUGCCCGAGGGGGGUGCCCUGUGUGCCUGCCCCAUGGGCCGGGAAGGAGACUUCUGCGAGCGAGUGACAGAGCAGGACCACACCAUGCCCUUCCUCCCGGAGUUCAAUGGCUUCUCCUACCUGGAGCUGAACGGGCUGCAGACCUUCGUUCCUGACCUGCAGGAGAAAAUGUCCAUGGAAGUUGUGUUCCUGGCCAAGAACCCCAGUGGAAUGAUCUUCUACAACGGCCAGAAGACAGAUGGCAAGGGGGACUUCGUGUCCCUGGCCCUGCACGAUGGGUACCUGGAGUACAGAUACGACCUGGGCAAGGGGGCAGCCGUGCUCAGGAGCAAAGAGCCGGUUCCCCUCAACACCUGGACGAGUGUCCUGCUGGAGAGGAACGGGCGCAAGGGGGUCAUGAGGAUCAACAACGGCGAGAGGGUGAUGGGGGAGUCACCGAAAUCCCGUAAGGUGCCUCACACCUACCUGAACCUGAAGGAGCCGUUUUACGUUGGAGGAGCCCCUGAUUUCAGCAAGCUGGCUCGAGCAGCUGCCAUCUCCACCAGCUUCGAGGUGAUCAUCGAGAAGGCUGCUGGGGAUGCAGAGGCCAUUGCCUUUGAUGGCAGGACAUACAUGGAGUACCACAACGCUGUCACCAAGAGCCACCUGGGCAAUGAGAUCCCUGCUCCCGAGGCGCUGGACUAUCCCGUGGAGCCCAGUGAGAAGGCCCUGCAGUCCAACCACUUCGAGCUGAGCAUCAAAACAGAGGCCACGCAGGGGCUGAUCCUGUGGAGCGGGAAGGGGCUGGAGCGCUCGGACUACAUCGCCCUGGCCAUCGUGGAUGGGUUCGUGCAGAUGACCUACGACCUGGGCUCCAAGCCAGUCGUCCUCAGAUCCACGGUCCCAGUCAACACCAACCAGUGGAUCCACAUCAAAGCCUACAGGGUACAGAGGGAAGGCUCCCUCCAGGUUGGGAACGAAGCUCCCAUCGCUGGUUCUUCUCCACUUGGUGCAACCCAGCUGGACACAGACGGGGCCCUGUGGCUGGGGGGGCUGGAGAAGCUGAGUGUGGCUCACAAGCUGCCCAAGGCCUACAGCACCGGCUUCGUUGGCUGCAUACGGGAUGUCCUUGUGGACCGCCAAGAACUGCACCUGGUGGAGGACGCUUUAAACAACCCCAGGAUAUUACACUGCUCGGCCAAAUAGACCCCCAGAGACCCUCCCUCCUCCUUCCCUCCCUCCUGCCUAUUGCUGUAAUUAUUUUCUAUUUUUGUAAACUUAUUGCUUUUUAUAUUUUUGGGGGGGGGGAAGAGGGAGGGAAGGGGGGAAAAAGGGAGGGGAGGAGGAGACACCCUUUUUCUUUCGGGUUAUCCGUUCGGUUGCAGCCUAUCCAGGUCAGGCAGAACUCGAAUCAAACAGCAGCAACGAAGAACAAACCUUGAACCAAGUCUCCAAGAAGUGACAGAAGAACUUGCCCAUCACGCUGUAAAUCUUCUUCAUACUUGAAGCUUCUUUUUUUGGGGGGGUUGUUUUUCCCCCCUCCUCACUUGUGUUCUUGGGUUGUCGUCCGUGCCCACGGCAGGGAAAAGAUGCUGGUGCUGGCGAGACCUGUGGCCUUCAUGGAUUCACUGCCCGGCCCCAACGUCCCCUCUGCAGUGCUGGCUGAGCAGGGAGGUGGGAAUUGCCACCCCUGCUUCGGGGUCUGGCUCUGCCAAGCCUUCCCCUGGCCCUGUGCUCACCCGACCUCCCUCCUCCCCCCCCUCCUUCCUCUCGCUCUAAUUUAUGUGUGUAAGAAUCUCAAGUGCUUUUCUCCUUCAUGCUCUGUUAAAAUCAGGGAUGCCAUGCACUGGAAGAGAGACCAAGGCCUGCUCUGAGCAGGCAGGAAAGCAUUGCUCUUUGGUUGUCUUAUGACUGUUUGCUGGACUGAGAGGUGCUGGGGGGGAAACGUUGAUUUUCUCUGUUGGUUCUCCUCCUCGUCCUCCUCCUCCACCUCCUCCUCCUCUUGGACAUGUGCAGAAGCAGCUGUGAAACCUCAUUUCCAACGCUUUGUGUUCAUCCAGACGUGUCCCAACCACCUGUUUGCCCUUGGCUGCUCUUCCCAAGAGCUUCUGCCCACCAAGCCUUGCCCUCCCGCGCGCCGGGGAUAACUUGGAGCUCCUCUCCAAGGGCUGGAAGUGCUCCCCCUUCUUCCAGCACCACCAAACAGGCUGGGAGGGCACAGGGACUGGGUCCCUCUUCGCUUUUAAAAGACCUGUUGGAUGUGUCCUUCCAUGACCCACGUCCAUUUUCCAGCCUCUGGGGCAUGACUUUGCCCUCGGACGCUCUGCCAGCCUGGGAAUGCAGAGCUGGCACUGGAGCCUCUCCCACGAAGAGAAUUCGGAGUUUCCACCUUGGAUUCAAGUUUUUUUGCAAUGCCCAGGGUCUUCCACGCCGUGAUCAAAGCUCCUCUGGACGCUGCCAGCCCAGCAGGAACAGCUCCAGCGGGAAUGGGAACGGGGCACGAGUCGGGACUGGAGUGUUUCUGGGGGGUGGGGAGGGGAUUUUUAGGUGUUUUCUUCCUUGAAAGCAAAUGUUUUAGUGCCAGUGACAAAGCCAGCCCGUGUGUUUGUGAGUGGACGGUGCGUGUUUGUGAGUGUCUGUCACCCAGCACACGUUUUGCCUGCGGAUCUUGGAUCUCCUGGGAGCAGGAGAAGAGCCAGUGGAUCACAGCUCCGAAGGAAACAACCCUCUCCCUUCGAGUUCCUUCUCCAUGGGAAGGAUUUCAUGAUGCUGUGGAGCAUCCACAUCCCUUCCCCGCCCUGAGGUGGCAGCUCUGUGUGAAAAACAGCUUUGUGGAGUGUACAGGACGAACCUGAAGGAUCAUUAAUAUUAAUUAAUGAGUGUUAAUUAAGACCCGAAGUGCCAUCAUUUUGCGGUUUCACCUUCCAACUUCCAGCACACCUUUUAAAAAUGGUGUUUCUUGGCACUCAGGUUUUGAGCCACACCAGGUCAAAGGCCUUUUCCUCAGGGUGAGCUCUGAACAAAGGGGAAGAACGUGUGUAAAAACCACUUGGGGUUUUUUUAUUUCUUUUUAUUUGAUUGAAAGAAAACUAUCCCCCCCCCCUCCCCACCCUCCCAAUCCCCAAUCUGUGACAUUCCUCUGCAAAUCCAGGGGUUAAAUAUUCCACAGAGGGGGGCUGUGCCCUCUGUGGGAUGGAGACUGCUCUGUGUGUGUGUGUGUGUGUGCCAAAAACCACAUUUUAAGUGGCUGCUGUAUAUAAACCGUGGGUCCUGGGGGGGAUUGCUGUGCCCUGGAAGGGGGAGAGGGAGGUGUGAGACCCCCCCCCAAAUCCGUGAAUUUUGAGAAGGGGGGAAUUUCCAGCUGGGCAUUGCUGAGACAGGGCUGGAUCCUCCAGCUCCAGAGGGGGGGACAGGGGGCACGUGCAGAGGAAGCUGCUCAUUUUCUCUCGAAUGCCACUCCAAACGAAGCCAGGGGUCACUGCAAAAGAAAAUUACAACCACCCAACAGCUAAACAAAAAACAAACAAACAAAAAAACUCUGUCUGCUUUUGCUGGGGCUUGGAAAUGCCUUAAAACAGGACGUGGUGUCCUCGUUGUGGAGCAUCUCGAACCAAGGUCAGGCUCAGCAAGUGCUCCCUUGGGGGCCGUGCACUUAACUGGGGCUUUAUUUUUAAUAGCAUUUGUAACAUGUAUGUACAAACAAACAAACAAACAAACAAA